AUGCGAACUCCAGCGAGCCUUGCCCACUCUAGCUCUAGCACCGCCGCCGCCGCCCCCAGCCCAGCUGCCUCCUCAUCUUCACCGUCGGCACCGGCGGCCAUGAUCUCCAUCGACCCCAACAUGGUGGUCAUCCUGGCCUCCCUCCUCUGCGCGCUCGUGUGCCUCGCCGGCCUCGCCCUCGUCGCGCGCUGCACCUGCCGCCGCGCCCGCCGCUCUUCACCGUUCGCCGGCAAUAGCAUCACCAUGACCUUGCCUCUUCCUCCCCGAGGCCUGAAGAAGAAGGCCAUCGACGCGCUCCCCGUCACCGCAGUGAAAGAAGGGCACCAGCUGGAGGAGCAGUGCGCCAUCUGCCUGGCCGACCUGGCCGCCGGGGAGGAGCUCCGGGUGCUGCCGCGGUGCGGCCACUCCUUCCACGUGGCCUGCGUCGACGCCUGGCUCCGAACAUGCGCCACCUGCCCCUCCUGCCGCGCCACCAUCCACGACUCGUCAACCUCCUCGUCCUCACCGCCGCUCCCGGCGUCGGGCCGGUGCCGGAGGUGCGGAGCGGCCUGUGACGGCGACGGCGUGGCCGCUUCUGCUUCUGCUGAUACGGACGGGAGCAGCUUCUUGCCGUAGCUUAACAUCGAUCCCAGUUGCAAAC